GGUCCCAUCCCAUCUACUACUCAUUUCCUCUUUACCAAAAAAGAAGAGAAGGGUGAAACACAACCUAAAAAGCUGAAGUAACAAAAGCUAAAGAUAGUAGGAUAAACACCAUCACACACCAAACCAAAAGCUCAACACAACAAAAGCAAACACCAAAAACACUGCUCACUCUGAUUCAAGAAGUUAGCAACAUGAUAGAUCAAGAACAACAACGCCAUGGACCCCCACAUGGCAUCCUAUUAGCAGUAGUUGUAAUAGCAGUAAUGUUAGUCCCAACACUUCUUGGUGAAAAUGGUGAAGCCAUUACUGACUUCAUUUCAGAGCUUCUUACACCAGUUGGUCUUCUCUUACUCCCCAUUAUCCUACUCCUCACUAUUCAGUUCCUUUCCUCAGAUACUGGCUCAUUCAUUAACAGUAUCUUCUCUACUGGUGAACCUAACUCUAUUCACCGUGUAAGUGGGUCACCUGUUGGUGUUGCCCUUUUUCUUGCACUCACAUUGUUCCUUUUAUACAACCGUGUUAGCAUCUUUGGUGGUGAUGAUGAUUCUGGUGACUGAAGUUUGGUUAGAUCGUUGUUAUUAUUAUUAUUAUUAUUAUUAUUAUUAUUAUUAUUGUGGUUGUCCUUUUUUUUUCCUUUUCUUUCUUUUUUGUUUUGUUUUAUUUGGAGCGUAUAGGUAAAUAGUGAAGGGGUACUAUAGUAUUGUAUGGACGUAGAAAAUAUUGUCCAGCAAUAUAUCCAUGGCAUGUAUGGAGAAGAUCUAGCAUUUUCAAAGCUACACUCAGCCAAAUCGGAUAUGAUUCAAGUCUGAACUAGCUAUAGUCAAGUGCAAGAAUCUCUGUAUUUAUUUUAUUUUAUUAAAAGAUGUUUUAUUCCAAUAUUUUCACUUUCUUA